AUGUCUUCCAGCAGCGUCUCAGGUGUCUCGCCACUGGCGCGCGGAGCUCACCCUGGCCAGAGCGAAAUCCUUCAACUUUUCUUGGAAAGAUUUGGGGAACAUCUUAUUGAUAUUUCACUUUUCUUGAGGGGCCAUGAGGAAUACGUCGACCGGUGUUUGGACCGGUUUACCACCAUUCUCCUGGGCAAUUCCACCCGCUGGCGCAGCGUCACCAUAGUGAGCCAGGAUUCCCUUGUCUUAUCAGACUUUCUUGAAGAUGCCCAGUGGGCAUCCACACCGAAGCUGGUGCUGCUUGCUAUUCAGUGCGAACAUCCGUGGGACAAUGCUGUCGGCUUUGGUCGAACUAUGAAGCCUUCCGCUGAAUGGGAGGUGCCGUCCUUGACGUCGCUUCGGUUGCAGGACUUCACGCAAUACACCCUCUUCCCCGUGCAGCACCUCACCAGCGUAUACUUAUCGACGAGUAUCUCGUCCACUGAAAUCAGAAAUUGCUGGUGGAUUUGGGAGUUCAGGGCCAUGCUCACACGCAUGCCCAAAUUGACGCAUCUUACACUCGACCGUUUAUCCUUCAAGCGUGGGCGGAGACCCGUACAGAGGAUCACCGACAAUGACAGGAUUACGCUGCUAUCCCUUCGCAUCCUCAGGCUUCCCUUUCGGGCUCAAGGUAUUACCAGCAUGUCGGGGUUCAUGAAUUUUCAAGUAUCGGGUGACUACGAUGACAUCCCCAUCACUAUCCUUCAUUACUUGUUAUGCCCAUUACUCGACACCCUGGAACUCGCAAAUUGUGGCUGGCUUAACCUUCGUCGAAUCCACAAGUUUCCCCUUGUUCAAUCCUUGACGUUCCAAGGCUUAUAUCGUCCCCUUACAGUCAGCCCGGUAUGCGACUCAUUUCCUGCGGUGAAGGAGCUGGCCAUUGUUGGCGCCAAUCCCCAAGCUCUGCAAGAGGUCCUCCCGAUGCAGCGGUGGUCCAGUUGGCUUGAACUCCGCACCCUGACUGUCACAAACGAGGCAUUCGAUUGGAUAGAUUUCUUGACUUGGCGGAGCAAGUGCCGUGUACCCAUCCGCAAGCUAUGCCUCGAUAGAAGCGUGAUCGCAAGGCCUUCGGACCUCCUUCAUCUGGUUGAACUGGAGACAUAUGAAGUAGCCGCUGUAGCACCUAUUCACGACGAGGAGUCAACAUCCGACAGCGAGUUUGAUGAUGACGAUGAUGACGAUGACGGAGAGUGGGUUGGGGGUAAACAUAGUGAUCCGGAGUUACAGCCAGCUGCAACUGAUCAUGCUAGUAUCAGGAGCGCCAGGGAAGACAGCGAGGGCUCAAUAGCAGGGAAUGCAGAAGGCAGAUCGCAGGACAUUGCAAACAGAAAGCAUAUCAGCAACCCGAGCGGCUGGAUUAAGGUCAAGUCUAUUGACCACACCGACACUCCUAGACAAGGUCUCGCACCCAAGCCUUGCUGCCCCACCUCCCCUCACUCCGGCCAUACACGUCCACUCCUCGUCAUCCAUAAAGACCGUCACGGACUCGUUAUCAUCCCUUCCAUCCGGUUCCUCAUCAUUCGUCGCAUCAAUGUCGACAAUGGCCCCGUGGUCCAACCAAAUGAAACGGCUCUGGGUAUCAACAUAAUAGACACAGUGAAGGAGGCUGGAGUAAAGCACUUUGUUUACUGCAAUGUCGUGCAUCCGUAUCUAUCAAAGCUGCUGAACCACCAAGUUAAGCUCUGCAAAACUUACACGGCGCCUAGAGUGCAAGAGUACUCUUUCCUACCCUAUACGAUCCUCCAGCCCACUUCCCGCGUGAAAAACUUUCCUCUCCCCCGGAUCCUGGGCUUCCUCUACCCGCCCGACUUCGCCGAAAUCGCUGUCAACAUCCUGCUCGGCCCGGAGCCUCGCAUGUCAUCAGAGGAGACAGAUAAGCGGAUGCAGUGCCUCACAUUAGACAGGGAGGGCGAAGAAGGCGUGGAGGCGAGGAUGUACGAGGAGGCUCGGUAUCCCGGGAACAAUGGCAUUACCCGCUGGCUCCUCAGCCGCGAGCCAACGACAUGGAGGGUGUGGGUGAAGAGUUUACAAACACCGUCAGAGUCUAAGUGGUCGGUUUCUUGAGUUGAAAGCAUGCGUCAAUAGGCAGACAGCGUCGCCACCACUGCGCAUCACCGUGAAAUCAAUCUUCCUAGCUCCG